CUUAGACCAGUGUUCUAUGAGCAGAGCAGAAGGUAAACACGUAUUCAAUAUAAAAAGAACAGUAUGAAUAAGUUUUAAUUUACUUUCAAAUCGAAUCUUUAUUGAAAUAUGUGCCAUGUUGAGUACUUAACAUCGAGAAGGUAUACUUAAUACAAAUCAAUAAACAAUGAUAGAAGGUUACGGAGCAGUCACGCAGGCCCUUUUAGGGACACUAUUAACGUGGGGACUUACUGCAGCUGGAGCCGGUUGUGUGUUCUUUAUACGAGGGAAACACAGAAAAUUGCUUGAUGUAUCACUUGGUUUUGCUGCUGGGGUUAUGACGGCAGCUUCCUAUUGGUCAUUGCUCAAACCCGCUAUAGAAAUGUGUGAGAAUUCGGAAUUAUAUGGAAAUUUUGCAUUUCUACCAAUUGCAGCGGGAUUUUUGUUUGGAGCUAUAUUUGUCUUUGGAACAGACAAAUUUCUAGAUUACUUAGGAAUUAAUUCUACAAACAUGAUGUUUGCUAUAACCAAGAGCAAAGAUUCAAAAGACAAGCUGGAGGAUCUAGAGAUGAUGACAGCGCUGAACAGGCGGCCAUCAUCGAGUGUUGUCAACUUGGACGGGCAUCCGCCGCCUGCUGAUUUUGCUGACUGCAUCACUAACCAGCACACAGCGCAAAGGCGAAGGGGUCAUCACCAUUCACACCAAGAUUUGAAGGCGGGCGAGAACGGUGAGGGCGACCGUCGGGACAGCUUAGCCAAGGCUCUAGAAGCGCGGCAGUCCCAGUGGAAGAGAAUCAUGCUCCUUGUGGUCGCCAUCACAGUCCAUAACAUCCCGGAAGGUCUGGCUGUGGGGGUGUCGUUUGGUGCCGCCUCUUCCACUAAGAAGUCUUUCAAUGCUGCCAGAACUCUGGCGCUGGGAAUCGGCAUUCAGAAUUUCCCCGAGGGUCUAGCAGUCAGUUUACCGCUGCAGGCGGCGGGUUUUUCAGUGUGGAGAGCUUUUUGGUACGGCCAGCUAUCUGGCAUGGUUGAGCCGGUAUUCGGAGUGCUAGGCGCUGUAGCAGUAGGGUUGGCCGAGCCGGCGCUGCCAUACGCCCUGGCAUUUGCAGCUGGAGCCAUGAUCUAUGUGGUUACUGACGACAUCAUACCUGAAGCCAAUGCUUCAGGUAACGGGAAAUUGGCGACCUGGGGCUGCAUCAUCGGUUUCGUGGUGAUGAUGUGUCUGGAUGUGGGUCUGGGGUAACUCUGCGACGUCAUCCCUCACCGUGCCUUCCUCACGAGGUUGUAACGUAUUUCGUCACUUUCGCAAAUCGACAUUUCCUCAAUAUGGCAGUUUCGUACUUUGGCAUUUAGGGUCUUCACAUUAAAAAACAAUUACGCUAGUAGAAAGUUAACUGACUUUUUUAAUAAACUUGAGUUUGCCGCUAUAAUAAAUUUUGAAAUUGUCAGUACAAUUUUUUGGCCGAUAAAGAGAAUUUACUGAUCAUGGCAGACAUCACGAUCGGCUGAUCAACAUCUUACAUAUUUUGUAGAGUUAUAUCUUGGACCAAGGACUAACGUUAUCUGCAAAUCCCGAGUGAGUCAAAGUGACAAGAAAAUGCACGCUGGCCAGGGUUUUUUUUACUAGAAAUUUCGUUAUUAUGUUUUAUCAUCGAACACGAAUACAAAUUUAUGUGCAAUUUAUCUUGGAUGAUAUUUCCGAAACUAACGAAUUCGGAGAAUGACAAAAUGUGAAAGUGAUAUACUAUGAUUUUUUUAUAACUAUAGUCAUUUGCGAAUGUGACCAAAUGCUUCACAGCCCCCGACGACUCACACCUCAGCCACCGGUAUAUUAAUAAGUAUUUCUUACAAGACUUAAAGAAUAUGUGAUGUUGUAUUUUUAUUUCAGCGAUAAGUUUAGCGUUGCUAUAUACUUACACUGAGGAAUACAAUUGUUAAGAUUUGCACUGUAUGGGUCCUUGUAUGUACAUACAACUGUCUAUAUUUCUAUGGAUAUUUAUUGUAUUGUCAAAACAGCAUAUAAAUCAGGAGUUUUGCAUGUCUGUUAAAUAUGAUUUGUAUUUAUUAUUUACAAUAGUAUGUCUGAUCCAGUUAAUUAAAUACAUAUAUACAAUAUUGAUAUAAUUUAUUACAAAAUGUAUGAUGGUUGGAUAUAAUGUAGUGUAGGUAUAUAAUAAAUAUACACAAUGAACGUAAGAUGAACACACAUACAGCUAAAUCUUAAUGAUAAAGGGUUUAAACCCCCCCCCCCCCCCCCCCCCCAUCUGGUAGGCACUAAAUUACUAGCUACACAAGUAGUUUUUAAACUAGGUUUUCUUUGAUUAAUGUGGGUUUACUCGGUUAUACCUCAGUGUAAAUAGAAGGUCAUUUUAGACGAUAACUAGUUUCGCAUGCAGCCAAACCAAAAUAUAUCAUAUUUUAGUCUUAAUAAAUUUUAUGGUGCAGUUAAUAUAGGUACAUUAAGUACAAUAACUAAUAAAUGAAAGUGUGUUUUAAAGACAAAUCAUGAAAGAUUCGCUAGCCACUAUUAAAUUAUGUAAAGUGUUGGUGGAAUUCGAUGUAAAUAUGUACAGUGCUAUAUAUAUAUAAAGAAAUUUUAAAAGGCUGCCGUGAUAUUUUUAAAGCAAUUAAUAUAAGUAUUUUAAUAUAAUUAUAUCAUUUUGUAUUACUAUUCCCAUUUUUGUGCUUUAAAUUUUAAAAAUUAUGCCACAUUAUGUAGUUUGGUAAACUUACGAAACAGAAGUUGUCUUACUAGAAGACUGUAAGUGUUUUGACGUAAGUAAAGUUUUACUAUACUGGUAACAAAUAAAAAUCUACGACCCAAACCUACUGCACUGUAGUUACUUGGGAUAUCUACGUAAGAACAUAGUUGCUCAAUAAAGUCUUUCGAUGUAGUAUCCGCGCAUAUAAACACACAAUAUUGGUUAUUUUGGCGAAUUCCACCCACGAACCGCAAUGUGCGAUUGUUAAUAAAAUCUGUAAAAAUAAGAACAAAUAUUUUUAGGAUACGUUAUGUAUUCUUUUUUUUAAUUUAACAUCAAUUCUUAAAACAAUCUUAUAAAUAUGUAAUUGAUGUGAUGUAUUACAUCCUAUAGAAUUUCUGUAAAAAGUGAAGAAUCCUAUCCUCAAAUAUUUGUAAAAUAAAUUUUUACAGAUCUUGUAAGUAUAUCUGCAAUCUAUGUGGUGCGUCAUGUACUUAGAAACAGUUUUGUAAAUCGUUAUUAAGUUGUAAUUGAAUAAGAUAAAUUAUAAGAGAUAUGUCUGCAAGCUGCUUAAAUUUACUUAGUUCAAUUAAUUAUAUUAGUUGCCAUUAUACCUUCAUUAGGUGAAUUGAACAAUUUCCAUUCGAUAUUAAUGGGUUACUAAAAAACUUUAGUGAA